ACGACUGAAUGGGUGCUGCUGGUACUGUUGUGCGCGCGCUGUCUGGUGUUUGCAUUUUCACCUAACUUGUCAACGGAGACCAGACUCCUGUCACCAUGUCCAAACCGCUAUCAGACCACGACAAAAGGAAGCAGAUUUCAGUGAGAGGGCUCGCCGGUGUGGAAAAUGUGGCGGACUUGAAGAAAAACUUUAAUCGCCAUCUGCAUUUCACGCUGGUGAAGGAUAGAAAUGUAUCCACCAAACGGGAUUAUUACUUUGCGCUCGCACACACAGUCAGAGACCACCUGGUAGGCAGAUGGAUCAGAACACAGCAGAGUUAUUACGAGAAAGACCCCAAACGUGUCUACUACAUCUCGCUGGAGUUUUACAUGGGCCGCACCCUGCAGAACACUAUGGUGAAUCUGGCACUUGAGAAUGCCUGCGAUGAAGCCACUUACCAGCUGGGUCUAGACAUGGAGGAACUACAGGAGAUGGAAGAAGAUGCUGGACUGGGAAAUGGAGGCCUUGGUCGUCUAGCUGCUUGCUUCCUGGACUCUAUGGCUUCUCUUGGGCUGGCUGCCUACGGUUAUGGCAUUCGUUAUGAGUUCGGUAUCUUCAACCAGAAAAUCGACAAUGGCUGGCAGGUUGAGGAGGCAGAUGAUUGGCUGCGCUAUGGUAACCCAUGGGAGAAAGCGCGUCCAGAAUAUAUGCGCCCUGUGCACUUUUAUGGUAGGACAGAACAUCACCCAGAUGGAGUCAGAUGGGUGGAUACUCAGGUUGUCUUGGCUUUGCCAUAUGACGUCCCUGUACCCGGCUAUAGAAACAACAUUGUCAACACCAUGAGGCUGUGGUCUGCCAAGGCCCCUUGCGAUUUCAACCUGAAGAUUGUGAUUAAUGUUGGUGAUUACAUUCAGGCUGUUCUGGACAGGAACCUGGCUGAGAACAUCUCCCGUGUCCUCUACCCCAAUGACAAUUUCUUUGAGGGAAAGGAGCUCAGAUUGAAGCAGGAGUACUUUGUAGUGGCUGCGACUCUCCAAGACAUCAUCCGGCGCUUUAAGGCUUCCAAGUUUGGCACCAGGGAAGUCGUGCGCACUGAUUUCAGCGCUCUGCCUGAUAAGGUGGCCAUUCAGCUGAACGACACUCACCCCGCUCUGGCUAUUCCCGAGUUGAUGAGAAUCCUGGUCGAUGAGGAAAAACUAACAUGGGAGAAGGCAUGGGACAUCUGUGUUAAGACAUGUGCCUACACCAACCACACUGUGCUGCCUGAGGCUCUGGAACGCUGGCCUAUUGAUCUCUUCCAGACCCUGCUGCCCCGGCACCUCGAGAUCAUCUUUGAAAUCAACCGGCGCCACAUGGAGCGCGUGUCCUCUCUUUACCCCGGCGAUGUGGACCGCAUGCGCCGCAUGUCUUUGAUUGAAGAGGGCGGGCAGAAGCGAGUCAACAUGGCGCAUCUGUGCAUCGUUGGCUCUCAUGCAGUGAACGGUGUGGCACGUAUUCAUUCUGACAUCCUCAAAGCUACCGUAUUCAAAGACUUCUAUGAAAUGGACCCUAACAAGUUCCAGAACAAAACCAAUGGUAUCACCCCUCGCCGCUGGCUGGUAAUGUGUAACCCCGGUCUGGCUGAGGUCAUUGCAGAGAGGAUCGGAGAGGACUUUAUUCGAGAUCUGGAUCAGCUGCAAAAACUUCGUAAUUUCGUCAACGACGAGGCAUUCAUUCGAGAUGUUGCCAAAGUUAAACAGGAGAACAAGCUGAAAUUUGCUGUGCAUUUGGAAGAGCACUACAAAGUUAAGAUCAACCCCAACUCCAUGUUUGACAUUCAAGUCAAGAGAAUUCAUGAGUAUAAGAGACAGCUGCUUAACUGUCUGCACAUCAUUACCUACUACAACCGUAUUAAGAAGGAUCCCAACAAGCAGUGGACCCCAAGAACAAUUAUGAUUGGAGGAAAGGCUGCUCCAGGUUACCACACAGCUAAAAUGAUCAUUCGUCUCAUCACUGCUAUUGGUGAGGUGGUCAACCACGACCCAGUUGUGGGUGACCGCCUCAAAGUCAUUUUCCUGGAGAACUACAGGGUCACCCUUGCAGAGAAAGCUGUCCCUGCGGCUGACCUGUCCGAGCAGAUCUCCACAGCCGGCACAGAAGCUUCUGGAACAGGCAACAUGAAGUUCAUGCUGAAUGGAGCUCUGACCAUCGGUACCAUGGAUGGAGCCAAUGUGGAGAUGGCAGAAGAGGCAGGAGAAGACAACAUCUUCAUCUUCGGCAUGAGAGUGGAAGAUGUUGAUGCCAUGGAUGCCAGAGGAUACAACGCAUCCGAAUACUACAAUCGUAUUCCAGAGCUAAAACAGGCCAUUGACCAGAUUGCAGGAGGCUUCUUCAGCCCCAAACAGCCAGACCUCUUCAAAGACAUUGUCAACAUGUUGAUGCACAAUGAUAGGUUCAAGGUAUUUGCUGACUAUGAAGACUACAUCAAAUGCCAGGAGAAAGUCAAUGCUUUGUAUAAGAACCCCAAGGAAUGGACCAAGAAGGCGAUCCACAACAUCGCCGGUUCUGGCAAAUUCUCCAGCGACCGCACCAUCUCCCAGUACGCCCGUGAGAUCUGGGGUGUAGAGCCCACCCUGGAGAAGCUCGCUGCACCUGACGAUCCAAAAUAAACCUCCUAUCCUGACCUAUCUCCAACCAAGAGCAACUGUAUGAUCGAUUGCUACACCUUCAAGAAUGCAGCUAUGCCUGUCUUGGACAAAGUUUAUAAUGCACACCAGCCAGUCAAUUUUCAAUCUGUAAUGUUUUGCAUCAGUCACUGAACAAUCAAUACAUUCAACAAACUCCAUCAAUGUUCAACUUGUAACGUCUACAAAGUCAUCUUUGUCAGCAAAAGCUCCUUUCAGUGGCAGCUGUGAUGAAUGAGGAUCUUGAUAACUCUUAAUCUAUGAAUUCAGUACUGUGUUCAUGGUCUCACAUGCAAUAGAUUUCUCCCCAAUGUAAACUGUUAAAAAAAUAAAAUUCAGUUUAAGCCAUUCUUAUA